CGUCGCAGAUGACAGAAAACCACGCCGUAGUCUCUCUCGUUUGCCGAAAGCCGAAACGAAAAAUCUCCAUUGCUGGUUUGCUGCCUGCGCUCAGUCAGUUUCGAGCGAGCAAGUUGAGUGCCCGUCGUACAUCGUACAUCGUACAUACCACCUCCUCGAACACCAACAAAAACCGCUAUUAUUAUAGAAGAAUCCAUUUUAAUAUUAAAGAUAAUAAUUCUAUUUAUAUUUUUCUACCGGUAAACCGCGUGAAUUUUAACCAUAAAAUUAGUCGUUUAUUCAUCGUGUUCCCGCGCAAGUAACCCUCUCCCCGUUUGUUUUUGCAUGUGACUAGGACCCCAUUUGUUUCGACGACAAUCACAACUACGUACACCAUUUUGUGUGACAAUUCAGAAAAUUAUGCCUACAAGUUUAUUUCCGGAUAUGGAGAGAGCGAGUGGAAUUGGGGAUGAACGGGCGUUACAGUUAGCCCUAGAGCUUUCGAUGCUCGGAUUUAACGAGCCCUUGGGCCCCGUUACCGUGCCAGAAUCGGUUGAUCCCAAUGGAGACUUAAGCGCAGCUUUCGUCAAUCCCCUGGGGAAUCCUCUAGACGAAGUCAGAUCUAAGAAAUCUCAAAACAUGACUGAAUGUGUCCCUGUGCCCAGUUCAGAACACGUUGCUGAAAUCGUAGGAAGACAAGGUUGCAAAAUUAAAGCCCUUCGUGCCAAAACCAACACAUAUAUAAAAACACCAGUGCGCGGGGAGGAACCCGUUUUCGUCGUAACCGGUCGCAAAGAAGACGUAGCAAAGGCCAAGCGGGAAAUCCUUAGCGCCGCCGAACAUUUCUCGCAGAUUCGAGCAUCUAGGAAGAACAAUCUCGCUGGAUUGGGAAGUGGUGCCAGCACGCCCCCCGGACCGCCAGCCAACAUCCCUGGACAUGUCACAAUUCAAGUUAGGGUACCUUACCGGGUGGUGGGACUCGUAGUCGGACCCAAAGGUGCCACAAUUAAAAGAAUCCAACACCAGACUCACACGUAUAUUGUAACCCCUAGCAGAGACAAGGAACCCGUGUUCGAAGUAACCGGUUUGCCAGAGAGCGUAGAAUCAGCAAAGAGAGAAAUCGAAGCUCACAUCGCCAUGCGUACAGGCAACACCGCCGCCCUUACUGGCUUACCGUCGUUCGGUGGCCUGGAGGACAACGAAAUAUUCGCUUCACUUUGCAAGCAAGGGCUCAGCUCGAUCUUAAACUACAUGGAACCCGCCCAGGAUCAGUUUCCCGCUAUGACCUCCUCGACAGGCAGUAGUGGUGCUUUUUCCUCCAGCGGAUCUUGCAGUAGCAGCUCGAGUUCAAUUGGAGGACGCGAUUUGGGAACUAUUUGGGGAUCCACCGAUAGGGAUGAGGGUCUAGGAGAUAGCCCGAGUUUCGAUACGUCAACUGCUUUGUCUAGUAUUUGGUCAUAUCCUACGGUGCCGGUGCCUUCAAGGCCCAGUCCCACUAACAGUACCAGUCCUGCUGAUUCGCUGCUCUCUUCUAGUACGAAGUGUUUGGUGUGCAAUGAUGCUAAGGUCACACAUGCGUUAGUCCCAUGCGGUCAUAAUUUCUUCUGUAUGGAGUGCGCCAACAGAGUAUGCGAAGGUAACGAAGCUCAGUGUCCGGUUUGUUCUCUACCAGCGAUUCAGGCCAUCAGGAUCUUCUCCCCUAAUCCUUAAAUUCGUUUUGUUGAGGAAAUGAUCUCGUAUAUUCCCUUUUUGGUGCCUCUUUGGGCAGAUUUUACCGUCGCCUUUUAAAUCAGAAAUUUAAAGGCCAUUUUUUUAUCAUCUUAUCAAAAGCAAUAAUAAUAUUUCUUCUUGCAGUAUUCGAGUCCCAGUAUUAUUUAGUUUUGAUGAAAAAAAGCGUAUGGUAAAGUUUGCUUAAAAAAAAACCAUCACAUUCCCCACCUCCCCCCAAGGGUCUCCAUAUAAUCCUGUGUUCAGCCCGGGGCCGGAGCUUAUUCCUAAAAAUUAAAAUUCAAAAAAAAAAAAAAGAAAUCAUACAACGAAUCUUCAAAAAAAAAUUUUUUUACUUGUUAACUUUUUUACGUAUUAUUAAUUUAAAGAAAGGUACGAGCCUGUGCCUCGGGCGUAGUCAUCGCGUAUGCCAGUUCAUAUAUUUCCUUUUAUUAUUAUUAUUAUUAUUACCGUUUUUAUAUUAUUAUUAUUAUUAUUAUUAUUAAUACUACUAGUUUUAGAAUCGUGAGUUAAUUUUUUUAUAUUUAUAAAUCGAGCUCUACAAGUGUCAUAAAAAAUGUUUUAGGUAGCUAAAUGUGCACUUCUAGACCUCAGUAUUAUUUUGUUUCGUUUUCUUGAACGUAUAUAUCAGUAGAUCCAAAAUUGGUGGGUUAAUGGUUGAUUCUAUGAAGUUCUCAUAUCAGUUUUCCAGAUAAGCAAUGCAUUUUAAAAAAUUUUAAAUAAAGGUUGCUUUAGACUUGAAAGUUCGAAAAAUCAUUCUAGUGACUGAUAUAUGAAAGAAUGUCCCCAGAAAUAUAGUUUUUUUUUAAAUUUAUUGUUGUAACGAACCCUGAUAGAUGAAAAUAUUUUUUUAUUUAUCUUGUUUCAUCUAAAGAAUUAAUAGUUUUAUUUUAGGUUGUUGGAAUUAGAUCUGAUUAACGUCUAACUUGUAUACUUCCAAUAACCACUUUGUUUUGGAUCUGCUCAUAUAAAUAUUUUAAAAACUAGACGUAAAAUUCGUGACUAUUUCUAUAAAAGACAAAAGAGCGACACCAUAUAUAUUAUUAAAAACUAUUUAAGCAUAUACAUUUUUAUAUUAUAAAACUAUUUCGUUAAUUUUUAAAAAUAUAUUUUUUUAAUUUCGUCUUCUGCCAUUGAUAUAUAAAUACGUGAACUCGAUCACACUCUUCAACAAGUCUGACAUCAGCAAUUCUCAAAAAUAUUAUUUAAGUGAUUCGUAAUAAAAAGAAAUAUUUAACAUUUGAUAGAGUUAAAUUAAACGUAAAUAGCAAAAAUAAAAAAAAAAUUAAAUAUAUAUUCGGAUUUGCGAGUGAGAAUAUUUAGUAUUUUAGAGAGCAUAAAUGGUAAAUGGAGUGCAUCUGGGUUAAGAAAGUUAUUAAAUAAAAGACGGACUCGUGUGGCUUCGUGGCUAUUCGGCUGUGAUCGUCAAACAACUGCCAUCGCGCAACUACGCAGGUUCCGCGCGAUAUGACUCGUUUCGUAAAUAAUUAUAAAAAUGUCGCGAAAAAAUAAUUAUCAACAUUUUCAUUUUGAUGUCUAGCAUGAAAUUACGAUUUAAAAAAAUGUCGAUCUUCUAAUAAAUUUAAACCUGGCCGGCAUUUGAGACGAAGUCAUAUCGUGAACGUACACCCCUAAUAACAACAUACAUAUCCAUUAAUUGUUAGUUAAAGCCCUUUUAUUGUUGAUUGUUUUGUUAUAAUGUGUGAUGCAUAUAUUUCUAUAUACUUUAAAUAAGUUCUACUAUGACUAUAAAUUAUUUUAUAAUUGUGCGCGCCGGACCUGCGCGUGUUGUUCUUGGUUGUCAAUUGUCGUUUUCUUUCUCUGUUUUUCUUUUGGGUCGAUAUUGUGAACGAGUUAAUAAUUUGAUGUGAAUCUCGUUUAGCAAUAGUAACUCAGAUUCACUGAAAUUAAUUUGAUUCCUAAUUUACGACCUAACAUGAAAAUCAUAACAUUUAAAUUCAAAAUAAGUAACAGUUCUAAGUGAAACAAAUCAGUAAGGCUGUCUGCUCGCGAGUCCGUCCGCCCCCUCGCCCCUUGAAUCUGAUUUUCCAGUAUUCACCCGUCAUCAUUAAAAAUCAAUUAAUCACCGCCAUUUUUGAUAUACGUGACUUGGUGCGUUAUUAUCAUUAACGGAUCAGCAAUAAGGCUUUUAAAUAUUUAUGUAGUUGAAAUUUAGCGGUGCUGAUUUUUUCGAAGCUUAUGGGGAAUAUUUCAUGUGUUCGGUUUUGUAUUCCCGGGAUAAGGCAGAAGAAAAAUAAUAAUAAAAAUAUGCCUAUUCUUGUUUAAUAAUUUAUCCUGAAGUCCGCCAUAUUGAUGUUCAUGCCUCGUAGAAUUAAACCUUUCAAAGAUUUCCCAUAAGUGAGAAUGCAUUUCUCCUUACUUGAAACCUUAUUUGGUGUUUAGAUAAUUCUUUCGUCCUGCGCCGCCGCCGCGCCCUCAGCCUGUUUUAUAUGCGCUUAUAUAUUACUUAUUAAUAUAUGUAUUAUCUAUUAUAUAUAUAUAUUUAAAUAUUAAGAAGCUAUAUUUUGUUUUUAUUUAUUUUUUUAUGUACUAUUUGAAAAUUGUCGUUAUAGAUAAAUUAUAUAUAUAUAUUUUAUUAUAAUAUUAUUAUUCUUGCUUGCUGGGGCGGGGGUGUCGGAACGGCCGGACUAGUUUUAGUUUAAGUUUGUUUACAUACGUACACUUGUAUAUAAGUUGUUGUUUGUAGGGUUAAUAUACUUAUUAUUUUAUUUUUUUACAUAUUUUUUAAAUACACGUUAGUACAAGUUCAUGUUUUUCGUGUGUAGUGACUAUAUCAGAGCGAUUAGUUAUAUUUUAUAUUUGAUAUUUUACGGCUCUUCUCGAAAGUUGCGCUUUUGUGUUUUUUUUUUAAAUUUAAGCGUGUUUUUCUGUUUAGAAAUUUAUCUAUUCGGUAGUUUUUUUUCGUUUUUUUUUUCAUAGUAGCGACUGACUGCAAGAUUUUUAAGUUUUGGUUUUAUAAUUCUUUCAGGUAACUAAAGUGAUUGACGAUAAUGACUUUUUGACUUUUUUUAAUGAAUAAGACUAAACUACGUCAGAUCAACUUAGUUGUCCUAAAAGAACAUAUCUAGCAAAUAAUUUUUAGAUUUUUACUACUCCUACUUUUAUAUGUUUACUUUGCUACCAAAUAAAAGUUCGUGAUUUAUA